GCACCAGUCUCGGGGAAACAAUUUACAACAUUCCCUCAAAUAGCUUCGAUGGGGUUAUUAGCGUUCUCGUUGGAAACGCUUGACGUAUGCUUUACAUUUCGUAACAAAAUACGGAUGCGAUAAACUCCAUGAGGAACUAUGAAGAGCUUCAAAGUAAUUUGUUCAGAGAGAGCUCCGAGAGUAAGCGGCAUUGGCGCGUCACUCACAUACCCUUAUAGCGACUGAGAAUUUUCGCUUUUGUGUCAUGGGCUACAUACAUGAUCUGGAUUCGCGCAAAGUUAUCUGUACACGUUUGGAAUGAGCUAGACAUGUGGAUCAUACAGGAGCCGCACGGACGAGGAAUUGCGCGUCUGAUGUCUUCGUCACCUGGAAUACCUGCGCGACAGGUUACAUACGUUCACACGGGACGUCUUUUUCUCUAAACUGCAUUUCCAUUUUGCACCUUUUUGCAAACAUGCUAAAACGUGCAUGAUCUAAUCUCGUGCGAAAUUCCUGAUUAUAUACAGCCUGAGAAGAAGAUGAAAUUGCAACCCUAAUGCAUAGGAUCCUCUGGAUUUGUCGCACCGAAUAUCGGAAUGAGAUCUGGGUAGCGGACAAUUCAGUCUCAUUUCAUUCAGUCCCACUUAUUACGUUAACAGUGCUUGCAGCUCGUUUAAUUUGGUACUCGAGAUGGCCGCGAUCGCCAGCUCUCUCAUCCGACAGAAACGCCAGGCGCGGGAAUCCAACAGUGACCGAGUGUCUACCUCCAAACGCCGCCCCAGUCCCAGCAAAGACCCCCGCUCUCUGUACGAGCGACAUUUUCUGGGGGUCUUCAGUAAAGUCCGCUUCUGCAGCGGCAAGAAAAGACCUGUUCGCCGGCGACCAGAUGCGCCCUCGAAACCUCCACAGGUGUCCCGUAAGGGCGUCAGGCUAGAGCCGCAGCUGAAAGGCAUUGUGACACGACUGUUCAGCCAGCAGGGUUUUUACCUGCAGAUGCAGCCAGACGGAACCAUCGAUGGCAUCAAGGAUGAGAAUAGCGACUACACUCUUUUCAACCUCAUCCCCGUUGGCUUAAGGGUGGUGGCCAUUCAAGGAGUGAAAGCAGGUUUCUACAUCGGCAUGAAUGCGGAGGGCUUCCACUACAGCUCAGAGAUGUUCACACCUGAGUGUAAAUUCAAGGAGUCAGUGUUCGAGAAUUACUACGUUAUCUACUCAUCCACCAUGUACCGCCAACAGGAGUCGGGUCGAGCCUGGUUCCUGGGCCUCACCAAGGAGGGUCAAGUCAUGAAAGGGAAUCGAGUAAAGAAAACCAAGCCCUCUUCACACUUUGUACCAAGACCAAUUGAAGUUUGCAUGUACAGAGAGCCUUCACUGCAUGAGAUUGAAGAGAAGCAACGCUCCAGGAAAAGCUCAGGAACUCCAACAAUGAACGGAGGCAAAGCGGUCAACCAGGACUCCACAUAGCAGGGCCCAACACAGGAGGCUACUAUAGCCCAGCUAUAGCCCAGUAGCCCCUCAGCCCUGCUACUUGCGCCUCCAACCAAGGGAACAGAACCACACGCUACAACGAGACGACGAUCUGAACUCUUGCCUGUGAAAACUUUUAGAAGAACACAGAGAGGGAAAAAGAUACAAACAAGUUACAGCUCCAAUCAGGACUUGAACUCACAUCUUAUGCAAAAAAAAGCUCAAUGGGCAGUCAUGUGAUUCAAAACGAUAGUAAUAUUCUUUGUUUGGGAUUUUUGCUGUGAGAAAUGAGCUUUAAAACAUUCUCAUCUGUUGAUUUUCAUGUGAAUGCUUUAGCGUCAUGCUUUACUCUUUUACUGCAAAAGUUCCUCUCUUUGCUCGGUGUCGUUACUACUAAUUUCGUCUUUGAAUUUGAUGGAAAUCUUCGAGUAUUUUGGUUUUUGUAUUCUUUGAAAGGUAUAUGCACUUUGGGACUUAAGACAGGGACGUCGAGUGGGUGAAUGUAGAGCUUGUUUUAAAGCAGGACAGAGUUACUUUCAAAGAAGCAUUUUUGAAGGUUUUCCAAGCAUUAAGCUGCUUAUUUAUUUUGGUAAGUGUCACUAUUCAUGCAACGCUUUCUUCAGAAGUCUUGCCCUGAUGCACGUUAUGUCCAGCACAAGUGCACAUGAUGCUUUUAUGUGCGCGCAGCCCUAUUCAGCUCCUCUAGACUGCGACUUGGUUUCAGCUGGAGUGCAGCACUCUACGAUGGACGGUUUGAGCAGAAAGUAGGAUGUUUUCCUGUGAAUUAUUCACAAAUUCAGUGCGUUGAAGCAAACCCUAAAAAAUAUGCAAAAAAUGAACCCUUUAUAAUUUAAAUCCAAAUCUGACUAAUAUGAAUUUUUAACUCAGGAAGUCGAAUGUGUGGCCCUUACACUAGCCCUGUCCAGUUCAAAGCACAAAGAAGGCCAAUAAGGUUCCCCCCACAGGGGUUUCCAAGCAGUGGGCCUGGACAGGGCAGGUUAAUUGUGGGUAACUGACGAGGUGAAAAAAGCAGUCAUUUAUAAGUCUUCCACUAAUGAUAGCAUGAGAGCUGUGCUCAAGUCUGCAGCAAUAAGGAACAACAAAACUACAACACUUUAAACGCAUGAGUCAUAUGAGAAAGUUUGUCUAUGCUUAACUGAGAACCGGUCAAAUGGAUAGUAUGUAAAAAGUGUGUAAAAACAGGCACGCGACAAAAAUGUCUAGCUCAGAUGGGUUUCCAGAAAACACGAUUCAUUUGAGUGUUUUCUUGUGUACAAACAGAACUCUUUAUUUUUCAUGUUUGCAGAUGUUUUCACCUUACUGAAACACUAUCAUAUAUGCAUUAUGAAUAAUGGGAUGUACAAAACAUGCAUUGAUAUUAUAAAGCAGAAUGAAAUUAGGGUUGUUUAAAGAAUAAAAGUAUGAUA